GUUCCCUCCACACUCUCCUUCGUUCUCCAACCCCCCUCUUCAAAGCUAGUCCCUCACCGCUACGGUUCUAGUAUAGUAGUACUUAUAGUCAACCGGCAGUGGUCGAUACACGAACGAACGGACGAACGAUGUCCUCCCUCUUCAAAUCCACCGAGUCCGCCUCGGUCCCCUCAUCGACAGGGUCCCCCGCCUUCCUUUCCCUCGCUCCCUCCUCCGCAUCCGGCGCCGCAACAUGGCUCUACACCACCGCUGCCAUCCUUGGUGCGCUCCUCAUCCUCGAGCAGACCGUCUACCGGUGGAAGAAACAACAUCUGCCGGGCGAUAACUGGACGAUUCCGAUUAUUGGCAAGUUUGCGGAUAGUAUGAAGCCGAGUAUGGAGGGGUACAAGAGGCAGUGGGCGAGCGGGGCGUUGAGUGCGCUUAGCGUUUUCAACAUCUUCAUCGUCAUGGCCUCGUCGAACGAAUACGCACGCAAGAUCUUCAACUCGCCAACUCACGCCGAGCCUUGUCUUGUGCACUCCGCCAAGCAGAUCCUGCUCCCCGAGAACUGGGUAUUCCUGACCGGCAAAGUCCACGUCGACUACCGCCGCAGUCUCAACGGCCUCUUCACCCGUAAAGCCCUCAGCAUCUACAUCCAACUCAUGGACGACAUCACGCGCGAACAUCUCCUCAAAUGGCUCUCAAACGACAUCUCCGACCCGACCCCAAAACCGAUCAUGAUGACCGUCCGCCACCUCAACAUGGUCACCUCCCUCCGCGUCUUCUGCGGCACGCAUCUCCCCGCACACGCCGCCGAAGAAAUUUCCGAAAAAUACUGGUCCAUCACUGUCGCGCUCGAGCUCGUGAACUUCCCGCUCGCGAUCCCAGGAACGAAAGUCUACCGCGCGAUCCAGGCGCGCAAGGUCGCUAUGGAAUGGCUCAUGCUCGCCGCGAACCGGUCCAAGAUCGCUAUGGCCGAAGGCAAGGAGCCCGCGUGUAUGUUGGACGAGUGGGUGAAGCAGCUUGCGGACCCGGCUUACAAGGGAAGGAAAGAGUUCAGCGACCACGAGAUGGCGAUGGUCAUCUUUUCGUUCUUGUUCGCUAGUCAGGACGCGAUGAGUUCGGGCUUGAUCUACGGGUUCCAGCAUUUGGCGGAUAUGCCGGAUGUGUUGAAGAAGGUGAAGGAGGAACAGGAGAGGGUGAGGGGUGGGGAUUAUGAGAAGCCGAUGACGUUGGAGAUGUAUGACCAGAUGGUUUAUUUGAAGGCUUUCGUGAAGGAGAGUAUGAGGGUCAAGCCGCCCGUCACCAUGGUCCCCUACAAAACGCUCAAAGCCUUCCCCAUCUCACCCUCCUACACCAUCCCCGCCAACAGCAUGGUCAUUCCCUCCACCUACCCCUCCCUGCACGACCCUGAAGUCUUCCCCGAGCCAGACCGUCUGCUCCCCGAACGCUGGCUGGACGAGAACAGCAGCGCGAACCAGAACCCGAAGAAUUAUCUCGUGUUUGGGAGCGGACCGCAUAAGUGCAUCGGCGUCGAGUAUGCGAUUAUGAAUAUUGCGUUGGCGUUGGCGGAUGCGAGUGUGAUGAUGGAGUGGAAGCAUGAGGUUACGGAGAGGAGUGAGGAGGUUGAGAUCAUCGCGACGCUCUUCCCCAAAGACGGCUGUCUGCUCACUUUCUCGCCCCUCGCCUAGACCCCGAGCCGUAUCAUAUCUCCUCUCUCUUCCCUGUCCUCUUCUCUUCGCUUCUUAUUAUACCUAUACCACUACCCCUGCAUGCGGACCUCCCAGUCCCGAACACUCUGCAUUCCUAUUCUUUCUUUAUUUUUUCUUUUCCUUGUCUGUCUCUUUUUCACUCUGCCUCUGUGCCUUUGACCCUCGUGAGAGAGGAGAGGAGAGCAAGUACGUACUUACUAGAUGGGACGUGGUCCGCGGGGCGUGAGGAGGGGCCGUGCGUCGUAAUGUUUUGUUGUGUGGAUUGUUGGUUGUGCGUGGUCGAGGUGUAUGGAAAUGGAAUGAA